ACCUGGCUCCAGCAACUGGCGCGUGGCCGAGCCGUUGUUUUCACCGAGGCUGAGGAGGGGUUUGGACACAUUUGUGCAAACGAGCUUAGUCCUGCUGCCGUGAUCACGGCCGCACGGAUGCUUGUAUGCCCGGUGGCCCCUCCGUGCCGGCAGCUCGGACCCUGCUCCGCUGCCAGGGCACCCUGCGGGCCGCUGGCAGCGCGGAGACCAGGAGGGGCUGCAUCUCCCUCCCGUGGAGCUGAGGAUGCUCCCGCUGAGCGGGGACUGCAGCCCGCCCGCUCCGGGCCGCGGAGCCUUCCCAACUUCCCACGGCUGCCUCGCCCAUCCGCGCCCGGCUCCCAGCGCGGUCCCGCCGCCCGUGCCCUGUCCGGGGAGGGGACACCCCGCCUCCCUCAGGCCGGGCAGGCACGGGCACUGUGGGAAGCCGGGCGCGGCAUCCAUCCCUCCCUCCGCGCCGGCGGGGGCCGGAGCCGGGGCCAACUCCGGGAGAAGGGACCGUCCCGUGCGCCCUGCCUCUCCCCAGCCCCCGCGCCUGCCUCCUCCCCUGGUCACUGGGGCUGAUGAAUUAAUCACGAUGUGGCUGCUGUUAAUGCAUUUAUGUGGAGCGGGCUGUGCCAGCGGCUGGCGGCGCGGCGGCUGAGGGAGCGCGGGGAGCGCCGGCCCCUCCGCUCCGCUCCGCUCGGCCGCGGCUCUCCAUGGCUCCGGAGGAGAUGCUUCAGAAGCUUGCUGUGUGUUUACCACGGGUUCUGCCAACCAGAGGGGACUCACCUGUUCUUUCAUUAAUUGAGCAAAACAUUAUCUUGAAAUAAUUAUUCCUCUCCACAUGGCCUUCCUACUUGUGUCAGCUUAUCUUCUGCUGACUCAUGCUCGGGGUGCUCCUGUUGAGAAUGGGGCACUGCUGGAAACACUGAAGUCACAAGUGGGAUUAUUCAGCAAUAAAAGUGAGCACUAUUCAGCACAGGUGAGACCUCCUGGCACGAGCAGACAAAUACCUCAGACAAUCAUCAUAGGAGUUCGUAAAGGAGGGACCAGAGCUUUGCUGGAAAUGUUGGAUAUUCAUCCUAACAUUGUGGUGGCAGCUACAGAAGUCCACUUCUUUGACUGGGAUGAAAAUUAUGUAAAAGGAAUAGACUGGUAUAGAAAUCUGAUGCCAUUUUCUUAUGGAAAUCAAAUUACAAUUGAGAAAACACCAGGCUAUUUUACAUCACCACAGGCUCCAGGAAGAAUUCAUGACAUGAAUAGCUCCAUUAAACUGCUGCUCAUUCUAAGAGAUCCCACUGAGAGAGUUAUAUCUGACUAUACCCAAGUGUAUUACAACAGAGUAGAAAGUCACAAGCCUGUUCAACUCUUUGAAGAUAUUGUUAUUAAGAAUGGAGUACUUAAUACCAAAUACAAAGCUAUUCAGAGAAGUCUAUAUGAUGUCCAUAUGGAAAAGUGGCUUAAGCAUUUCAGUUUGGAUCAGAUUCACAUAGUGGAUGGAAAUACUUUGAUCAAGGACCCUCUUCCUGAAUUACAAAAAGUUGAAAGAUUUCUAAAUCUUCCAUCCCGAAUUAUGUCUUCUAAUUUUUAUUUUAACCAAACCAAGGGAUUCUACUGCAUCAGAAGUGAUGGGAGGGAGAGGUGUUUACAUGAAUCCAAAGGACGUCCCCAUCCUCUUGUUAACAGCACUGUUUUAGACCAACUCUAUUCUUACUUCAGAGAGCACAAUGCAAAGUUUUACAGGAUGGUUAAUCAUUCCUUUGACUGGCAUUAACACAUUAGGAGUCAAUGUUUCUUUAAAAGGCCCUGAGACACACUUUCAGACAUAUCUUUCUAAACUGUAAAGACUUGUAUUAUGAGAAUUAAUACACUGGUUAUAUGCUUCAUUGGAAAAACACAUCUGUUACUCAUGGAAAGGGUACUCUUUAUGGUGGGAAAAAUAAGUUUUAUGUAUUUGUAUGAUUACUGGGAGUCAUAUUCUGAUCUUCUUUGUCUCACAUGCAAAUACAUUAACUUCAGCAAACUUAGCAAAGGUGUAUCUCUACAGGAUUUCUGCUGUUUUGGAAAAAUGCAUCUACCUGUAAAAAAAUGUAAAUAUUGGAAAUAGUAUUAUUCUGACUGUUCUGUAUUUUUUGUUGUUAGUAUUUUUUAUAUCCCACAUGAUAGUGGUGUUGAUUUAUAGAAUUUUUCAUAAAAUAAGUUUAAAUUGUAUGUUAAAAUAGGAGCAUACAUAGUAGCUCCAAUAAAUAAAUCAUCAUCUUUAAUAUGCUGAAGUACUUAAUUAAUAAUAGAAGGAAUCUAUUUCACCUGUAAUUUUGAAUAGGUGAGCUAGAAGCUACUGUCUGUAUAACAUGGGUAUUAAACCACACUCUUACUAUCUUGUGUUUUCAAAAAAUCUCCGAAGUAAAAAUAUAAACUGUUUGAAGGAGGUUAAAGUGAGGGUUCUGAAUGUAAAGAAAUUAAAAUAUCCCAGGAACACUAAUAUUCUAUUCACUAAAAUAAAAAUCAAUGCCAAAAAAUAUUAAUGAUUAGCGAGUGACUGUGCAAAUAUUUGAUUGCAUAAAUUUUAUCACUUUGUUUUUGAAUGGAAAGGCUCUUAGUACUACCAUAUGAAUUAUGUUUGUACUCUCUGACUAAUUAUUCUAUUGUUCUCUUGACUUUGGUUUAUAUUACCUCUAUUGGCACAACGGUUCUUGUUAAAAACAAAACUUAUUUACUUGCCCCCGAAGCAUGGUGUAGUUUUAUUUUGCCAUUUUUGGUGCAGACCAUGGUAUAGUCUAAACUUUAAAAAAACCUCUUAUUGUGUUACGUAUCUCAGACACAGUGUUCAGCACGACAUACUCAGGUUAUUUGUAAGAACCACAACCAUUUCUAGCCCUGCAUCAGGAUUUUAUUUUCAGUACUUUUUAACAGUAUUGUGCUGAUUUUUCUGCUUUUUCAUGUAAACAAUUUAUUACAUAUCAAUACCAAAGAAGAAAAUCAACUCUGAGCAUCAAACCCAAUGAAGAUCCUGCAUCUCUGUCUUUCUACCUAAGUCACUGCUCAGCCUAAAGGAGAGUGUAUUUCUACCGUGGGAUUGUUCCCCUUUCCAGGCUAAGAGGUAUGUAUUGCAGGGCUGACUCUUCGCUUUUAAUACCUUAUGAGUGGGCUACUUAGGCAGGUAGAGGUAUUCUUCUGAAGCUGGAUAGAAUCAGACUCUAUGUAGAAAUAUCUUCCACCAAACAUUCUCUCAAAAAAUGCAAAAUGUUAAAAAUGAUAUAAUGAAUCUUAUUCUUUAGCUGUUCUACUACUU